AUUAUCUGAUUUGUGUAAUGAGCCAUUUGAAGUCAGGACCUGCAGCUGGCAAGGCUGCGCCCACGUCCAUAUAAAAAAAUGGCAGAAGGUAACACGAAUACGGGUUUCUCCCAAGAUGACAUUGUCCCAGAAUAUAGUGCCAAUCACGAAACACCUGAAGAAAAUAUAAAGAAGAAUAGUGUUAUACAAGAUAGAAAAGUUAGCAUAGUCGUCAAUAGUUUACCUAAUGGAUCUGGAGACAGGAAGGGUAGUAUGCCAGGACCCAGGAUGAGUAGGAAAGGCAGCAUUUUGGAGAAGCCCAUUGAUUUGGACGACAUCCUGAUCAACGAGCUAGGACAAUUCGGGAAAUUCCAGUUCAUAAGCAUGCUGUUGGUCGCCGUCCCUAUCAUCAUGUCGGCUUUCAUGAGCGAGUAUAUCUUCUCCGCUGCUGCUAUUCCACAUAGAUGUCUAAUUCAUGAAUGCGGGGAGACGAGCGAGAACGCCGUAUUCGACACUCCCAGCCUGCUGCCUGCCUUCCCCGAGGACGAGAGCUGCAGGCGCUACUCGCCGCUGGCCAACGGUACCCUGGCCACUUGCCCCAGCACACUGUUCCACCAAACCGACCUGAUCGAUUGCGAUGGUUUCGUCUACGAGAGGACUAACUCUGUUGUUUAUGAUUUCGACCUUGGCUGUGAAGAUUGGCUACGUGCACUUGCCGGCACCCUCAACAGCGUAGGAACCCUCCUUGUACUACCGAUCACUGGCUUUGUCUCCGAUCGUUUCGGUCGUCGAGUCGCGCUCAUAAUCAGCGUGUUCAACCUCGGCCUCAUUGGCCUCAUCCGAGCCUUCUCUGUCAACUACCCCAUGUACCUCGCCUUGCAGAUCCUACAGACUACUCUCGGAGCCGGAACCUUCAGUUCAUCUUAUAUUAUAUUGACAGAACUGGUCGGCCCCAAGUACCGUGUGGUAACUAGUGCAACAUGUUCAUCCUUAUUUGCGGUUGGGCAAAUCGUAUUGGGCUCCGUGGCAUGGCUCGUGCAGCCGUGGCGUUACAUGAUCAUGACUCUCCACAUUCCUUGCUUCCUUAUCAUCAUUUAUUACUGGGUCCUGAAUGAGAGUGUAAGGUGGCUACUAUCCAAGAAGAAGUUCACCGAAGCGAGAGCUGUCUUGGAGAAAGUAGCCAAAGUGAACAAGAAGACCAUCAGCGAGAAGUCUAUGCACGCUUUGAUGAACCCUCCUCCGCCGUCAGUCACUGUUGAUGAUCAGGCCCCAGCUCCAGGUCUCUUCUCCACAAUCGUACGUUCUCCGGUGCUGCUCCGCCGCGUGUGCACCACGCCCAUCUGGUGGGUCACCACCACUUUCGUGUACUACGGCCUCUCCAUCAACUCCACCAGCCUCUCCGCCACUAACAUGUACCUCAACUACAUCCUCACCUGUGCCAUCGAGAUCCCCGGAUUUUUCACCGCAGUUCUUAUCCUUGACUGUAUCGGGAGGAAGACUACCUUGUCUAUUGGCUUCUUCCUCAGUGCCGCCUGCAAUAUCGCCUUCUCAUUUAUCCCAGACACCCUGCCCACCCUGAGCCUGAUCGUCUUCCUGCUGGGCAAGUUCGGGAUCUCCGUGGUGUUCACGUCGCUGUACCUGUUCACGUCGGAGCUGUACCCCACUCAGUUCCGACACACGCUUCUCGCCUUCUCCUCUAUGAUCGGCAGGAUUGGCUCCAUCACUGCGCCGCUCACUCCUGUGCUUGCGACGUACUGGAGCGGCAUACCGACCAUGAUGUUCGGGGCCAUGGGGCUGCUGUCUGGAGCGCUGGUGUUGACCCAGCCGGAGACGCUGGGCACGAGGAUGCCGGACACGCUGGCCGAAGCUGAGGCCAUCGGCCGGCCCGAGUCCAAGGUCAGACAGACCACGUGAUACUCGCUUUAGUUUUGUAACAACUAUUUAUCAAUGUCGCGGAUGCUUCGACGCGUGACAUAAAUUAUAUUAGAAACGAUGCAAAAUAUUAAUUGCACAUAAUGAAAAGUCUGUUUCCACAUUUUACAUAAUAUUUUAAAUUCCAACGGGAGUUUAGAAUUUUAUUAUAAUGGAAUGUGCACAGAUGAAAUUAUGUAAGAGAAAUGCUACAGAUAUCAAGUAGGUACUUAAAUAUAUAAAAUGUGCAAAACGACCUACCUAACUUAUUGAUUUAUUUAUAUUUGUUUACAAUAAUAUUAAGUUUUUUUAAAUUAUAUUUUAUAUCAACUUUC